CCGAAAGUGUUGCGGCGAGGGACAUCAGGGAGACUGCGGCCGGCGCGUGCGGCAGCUAUGUCGUUGAGGCACCUCAUGGGCGAGGUCGCCUCUGGCGACGUGGUUGGCAAGCUCAAGGCCGCCGAGGCCAAAUGGCUCGCGCUCACGCCGCACCUCGCCGAGAGCCUCAAGCCGAUUGCGGCCCAGGCGACCAAGGUGCGCGAGACGUACGAGGCAUUCGCCGCAGCGCAGCCCGAGCUGCUCAAGUCCAUCAUCGGCCGCGUCGAGAAGGACCCGCUCUGCACCGGAGUCGUGCCGACGGUGGCCGCGGCGCGCGACCCGAGCCAGUGCAAGUACACGGUCGAAGGGACGCUGGUGCACGACAUUAUGACCAACGUGAAGCUCCUCGAGCGGCGCGAGGCGUCCGCCUAUGACGGCCUCGAGUAUAAGCUGACCGAGGCGGAGAAGAAGAGCAUCAUCACAAACUCGGUCGCCUUCCUCUCGUCGCAAAACACAAAGGUGCUUGCCGGCCUCAAAGAGUCGCUGCCAGCGGAGAAGGUCAAGGAGCUGGAGGCGGAGGUGGCGUCGAGCAUGGCGAAGGCGGUCGCCUCCGUCAAACCCUCUGACCUGCCAGACUCGAUGCCCUUCAAGGAUGUGCUCAAAAUGCACUAACUUGGCUUCAACUUUUGCGCACGGCGAGGCUGUGGAACUUGCUCUAUCAUGGGGGAGAGGUGUGUAGUCUGAACCUUGAGAGCGCACGCCAGUGCGGUGUGGCGGCUCGUGAUGGAGGGGAGAGGUGCGGUCCGGUUAGUCCACAGCGCACAUCUCCAGACACCAGAGACCCUGGGGCUCGUGGCUGCGCCACAAUACGUAGCAACGUAGGGAAUACACGGUGAAAAAAAUUACGACAACGC